CACUACAACACGAGCCUAAUACCUUACAACACUAGACGUGCAUUCACAAUUCCCGUGCACAUCAUCAAGUCUAGUACACGCCAUCGUGUGAUUGAGCCUGGCACUAUCACCCGGAUUGCCAUCUCUAUUGAUUGCAUCACGAAAAGUCGCGUCUAAACUUCGUAUUCUGCGACUCGCGACUCUAUCACAUUAGACUUGGCUCAACAUGCCGCCUCCAAAGACCAUCUUCACGUCUUACGAGCGGAAUGCCCUCAAAGAUAGGUGGGGCUCGCAAGCAACACGUCUCACUCGUGACUCUUUUCUACCGUUUGGCUCAUGCCAGCUAUGUCUCCUUCCUUCAGUAGACCCAGUAUGCUGUUCACAAGGCGAUUUAUUCUGCCGCGAGUGUGCCAUGACCAAUCUUUUGGCUCAACGGAAAGAGAUGAAAAGGCUAGAAAAAAUCAACGAACGCCAAAAGCUAGAAGAUGAGGAUCAAAGGCUUCGAGGAGAAGAGGAAGCGCGGUUGCGGGCAGUCGAGGAAUUCGAGGCUGUUCAGAUGGGGCUUUCCGUCAAAGCAGGCGCAUCAGCAAGAGUCAUUGGAAGGCAGGGCGGCAAGAUCAUAGUAGAAGAGGAGCAGGAUGCAAAGGCUGGAGAGACCAGAGGCACGAAACGUAAAUUCGAAAUCGACGAAGAAGAGCUCAAGCGCAUCGCAGACGAAGAGCAAAGCAAGGCGAAACGUACAUUAGACGCCGAACGUAAAGCAGCAAAGGGUCAUCUACCCAGCUUCUGGGUCCCAGGCGAGACCCCCGAUCAACACCACACAAGCGCGGAGAAGGCGAGGCAGACACCUAUAUGCCCGUCUAGCCACCCUGACCAACUGCACAGCCUGUCGCUAAAAAGCCUGACGAGCGUCAACUUUCACGAAGAGAAGUCAGCCGAUACCGGAAAGUCUGUCCGCACAUGUCCCAGCUGCCAGAAAGCGCUCUCGAAUAGCACAAAAGCCAUGCUAGCUAUACCAUGCGGCCACGUCCUCUGCAAGCCAUGUGUCAACAAGUUUCUCAAGCCAGAACAUCGCCAUCAGAGAGAUGCACAUGACGAUGGACCUGACCCGGAGACUGUACACUGUUAUGUUUGUGAUGCGGAUCUCACUACAGUCCCGGACGCUAAGGAUGGCAAGAAGAAGAAGAAGGACAAAGAAAAGGAGAAGGCGCCCAGGCCUGGACUUGUGGAGAUCCGGAGUGAGGGCACUGGAUUUGCAAGUGGUGGAAAGGCCAUGGUAAAGAGAGAAGGCGUUGCGUUCCAAGUAUAGCGAGUUUGUGAACAUACAGAAGCAAUGCACGAACCACUGCUCACAAAAUGUACACAUAUGUCGUAUGCUCCAGCCUUUUUGAGUCCUAUCAGAAUUCGAAGCUAUUCGACACCUCAUCUCUGCAUCUCGAACCGAUGCGUAUCUACUUAGACGAUGCCACCAUUCGGUCACGGAUGGUCCUCUCCGUUAUCCUGUUUUCUAAUAGACCGCAAUUCUGGAACACAUGUUGCUGAACG